AUGAAUUUAUUUGGUAUAAUUAUUUUUUUACAGACGCUCCUAUUUGCAACCGCAAGUUAUGCCCCCCAAAAAGUCAACUGUCCAGCCAAUAGUCAAUUAACAAGAUCCUCAAAUGGUUCCCUGCUCAGUCCUCAAGAACAAACCUACAUCACCAAUCGUCUAGCCGUCGCCAAGCAACACUUAUACACUUUCUUAAUCAAUGCCAAUCUCCAAGAUUUUGACGUGAAUUCAUUCUUAAACCAAAGUCAACCUACAAUUGGCCCUGCAUUUAGUGGUGGGGGUUAUAGAUCUAUGUUAAUCGGCGCUGGAGGGAUUGCUGCUAUGGAUGAACGCACUCCUUCCAAUGGACCUAAUAUCAAGGGAUUACUUCAAUCUUCCACUUAUUUAGCUGGUCUUUCUGGAGGUGCGUGGUUAGUUGGUACACUUGCAACUAAUAACCUACUAUCAAUUGGAGAUUUAAUUGCCGGAGGGAAAUUAUGGGAAUUGAGUUCUAUAUUGGAUUAUUAUGGAUCAAAUUUUAUUAAGAAUCAAUUAAUGUGGGCUACUAUUGCUGUUCAAUGUUUAGCGAAAAAAGAGGCUGGGUUUGAUAUCACGAUUACUGAUCCUUGGGGUAGAGCGUUAUCAUAUCAGUUUUUGGCAACAUUUAGUAAUAAUGGAGAUUCUCAAAAAUGGUCAGAUAUUGGAAAAACAUCAUCUUUCCAAAGUUAUGAAAUGCCAUUUCCUUUACUUGUCGCUGAUGGUCGUGUCCCUGAUUCUGUGAUUACCAAUUUAAAUUCUACCGUAUUUGAAUUAACUCCAUACGAGGUUGGAUCAUCGGAUCCAAGUUGUGGUACAUUUGUUCAAACACCAUACAUCGGAAGUGCAUUAGAUAACGGUUACCCCGCCUCCGGUAAGAACAAAUGCGUAAAUGGAUUCGACAAUUCCGGAUUCUUCAUCGGUACAUCCUCCUCAGUAUUCAACGAAGCCAUCCUCGAACUCGGUACCACUAAUCUUCCAUCCUAUAUCACGUACAUCCUCAAGGAUAUCUUAUCCAUCUUCGACGAAGACAACUUGGACGUGGCGAAUUACGAUCCUAACCCAUUUUACAAAUCUCACAACGCCACCACCCCAAUCGAUGAAUCAUCCACGUUAUACCUUGUAGAUGGUGCUUCAGAUGGUCAAAACCUCCCCCUUGCGCCAUUACUCACUCGAAAACUCGAUAUCAUAAUCGCUCAUGAUGCAGCUAAUGACAACCAAAACGGCUGGCCAGACGGCACAUCCUUGAUCAGCACUUAUCAACGACAAUUCCUGCCCCAAGGUGCAAAUUUUCAUUUCCCAUAUGUGCCUGAUCAAUACACAUUCAGAAACCUCAACCUAACCUCCAAACCCACUUUUUUCGGCUGUGAUGCCCAGAAUCUAACCUCUCUCACAUCAGAUAUUUAUGAUGUUCCAUUAGUCGUAUAUCUCGCCAACAGACCUUUUACAUAUUGGUCAAACACAUCAAUUUUUAAAUUAGCCUACAGCGCCGAAGAAAGAAACGCUAUGAUUCAAAACGGAUACGAAAUCUCCACUCGGAAUAAUGGAACUAUCGACACCCAAUGGCCUACAUGUUUGGCAUGUGCCGUUAUCCGUCGACAACAGGAAAGAUUGGGUCAAGAACAGUCAGAUCAAUGUAAGGCGUGUUUUGAAGAAUAUUGUUGGCUGGGAGAAAUAUAUACUGGUCCUGAUUUGGGAGAUAAUUUUAGUGAGGAUGGAGUGACUAGUAGUAGCGAGUAUUUUAAUGCGAAUAAUGUUGCCGGGUUUAAUGAUGGUGGCAUGGAGAUUUUAUAG